AUGCGUCGCCCCUUACAGUCAACGUCACAAUCCCCCUCUCGACAGCGUCCUGGCGAUGCGCUCCUUUCGCGCCUCACGCCGGCGUCCGCGGUGGAAGCUCUGAGAGUUCCCUCUGGCCCUUUGAAGGCUUGUCUGGAUGAAGCGUCGCUUUCGGAACAACACUUUGCAAUCAAAACUGCUAUUGCCUCUAGAAAAAUACACGACUGGCUUGACGAGCUAUUGGAAUGGCCAUGGCCGAAAGAAAACACAUAUGCGGGCUUCGAGAUGCCCCCUGCUAAGAGAAGGCUACUGGAAUCUCGCCGGGCAAAUAUGAACCGCAACCCCGAUCAAGACCAGCAGGGCGCUCCUGAACCUGAAAUAGAAUACCUGGGAAGUUUACCGGCAGGCGACAUCGUGCGGUAUGAAAUCAGGAUUGAACAAGUCCAAAAGGGAAUGGGCGAACUUGAUCUCGAGGAGAUCAAGUCCCAUGUUUUGCUCAAUCACAUUAUGCCUCUAUCACGGCCGGGAACACCAUAUUCAGAUGCUGGGCGUUCCAUUGCGAGCUCCAUAUCUUUUACCAAGAUGGAGGAUAUCACCGCUGUUAUCACCGCGAUCACAGUUCAGGCGCUGCCCAACGUCUCCAGAUUGACGCGCUUACUCAGUACCUGGAGUAUUCGGAUCGUCGUCCUUCGCAAAGUACCGUCUGUACUCAUGAUGAUCACCGAUGCCGAAAUCGCACUCAAGUCCGGAUGGAAUGCCAUUGAAGACCAGAAGCCCAUCGGUGAUACCGCUUCCGACGUUAGCAACUCGACUGCGCUAUCACAGCAAGAUUUCGAGGUCAUGAACUCUGUUCUACGUAAGAAGGUGGCACGGCCAGGCAAAGAACUGGACUACAUGCUGGACGUUCUCGAAGGUAUGAGAGACACGCUUCCCGACGAAUGGCUCGAGCGGAUGGAUGCCGUGGAGAAGGAUUAUGCGGACUGGGUGGCUAUGGCGGAGAGGCGUGUACGGGAAGGAGAACUAGGAGACGCCUAUUCACCCUCCAAGUUGGACACCUGGCAAGCUGCUCCUCGGACGCCCCAGCUCAAGAUCCAGGUUCAAACACCAAGUCCGACUAGAGAUCCACAAGAGAACGAGACUGCAGGUCAUGGGUUGACAAUCUUGAUUAAGGGACCAAGUAGCGACAUCCCUAGUACAGUUGAUCAAGUUCCUGAUCUCGGUCAAAAUGAAGCGCAACAAAAGGACACUGAUUUAGGAAAGGUCGCUGAAGAUGUAAGCCCAGGCGUCGGCCUCGGCAUUACUGAGUCACCAGCCGCUACGCGCAAGAUUCAAGCCGGUUUCCAGACUGAGCGGACCAAGGCGCGGGACCUUGAUGGCUCGGCUAACAACCUCCGAGUCCUCAAGGCAAGCACUGCACUUUCCGAGUUGAAUCACAACGUUCUUCGCACAGCUCCGCCAGAGGCACUGGAACCAAGUCCGCUACUGCACAGCAAGAGGAGUGUGCAGAGCAUGGACGGGGAGUUUUCAUUCCUGGAAUCUGUCUACGAAGAUGACGAAGACGAUGAAGAUGCCGAUGAACCUCAGCUCCCACCUCCAAGUUUUCAGUACAGAAGAGAUAGCCAAAUAUCAAUGGCUUCAACCGUCCUGCAUGACCCGGCUAGUAUUAUCAGCCAUUCAGACGAUGUCUAUUUCAGGGAAGCGUCUUUCGAACCCGAGCUGCCCCGAUUGCCAGACCCGGAUCAACCAUUUUCUAGUGACGCACUGAGCCCUCCCAGUUCACCACCACUACGAUAUAAGGCUAGAACCCAUUCCGUAUCGUUCAACGAAAUCCCUGAGAUCUCAGAGCUGCCUGAAGAGGAUGUAACUCCCCCGAGAAGCCCGUUAGAGCCGCCGGAAGUAUUCGACCCCGAGAGUUCUUUCGGUUAUGGCGCUCCAAUGAGCAGCCCCGGCAAUGCGAGCGUGAUCAGUGAGACUGGCGACGACCUUCACCAACAAAUCAGGCGAGUGUUGAAAGGCCUUCCUAAUAACAUCCAAUUAUCGACGAGGCCUUCGGCUAUUAACCUCAACCCACCCGAUUUUCAACACCCUUCAAGGCCAAAACCCAAAGCUCCAGACACUUUCCGCCGCAGCGGCUCGGCGCUUUCCACCAGAUCAACCAUGUCUUCUCGUGCUAGUACGCCGUCAUGGAUGCUUGCCCCUGCCAGAACCCCGCGGCCUCAGUCGAGGGCAGAGAUAAAGACCUACUAUCUCUCGCGUGCUAACGGUGAAGCGCCUAUGAAGUUGCUUAUCCGAUGCGUCGGUGAGAAUGGCGAGCGAGUCAUGGUCCGCGUGGGCGGAGGAUGGGCGGAUCUAGGCGAAUACUUGAAAGAGUACGCUAUACAUCACAGCCGGCGAUCCAAAGGCGAAGGCAAAGUUGAAGUUAGAGAUUCAUCUACUCUGGGCUCUAGUAUCCACGGGUCGAGUCCCCCGAGCCGCCCAGGUUCCGCUCUCGAAGCACCAAUGACCCCACUUGUGGUCCGUAAAACUAGAAGGAGCACGGCCGGAGAGGGCUCAUCGAGGCAACCGACAGUGACCCGACCUCCAGGCUUGGGCAAUUCUGAGAGCCCUCCAUCGGACACAUCCGUCGGCUCGCGUGGUUCGCGAGCCAUGUCACAACCCAACAGCAGCAGCAUCCUAGGUAUGGCGGGCCCGCAUCCUAAGAAGGCCAGAGCCUUGAGCGAGGAGAGUCGCCAAUGGAUUGAAGAUGUGAGGAACAAAGUCCGCAGCGUUAGUGGCGAGCAGCGGGCUGCCCUCGAGCAGACUCAGAAUGGAGGCAAGUUCGGCGAGCUUGGUAAGGUUGGCGGAACAAAGCGCGUGUACAGGAAAAACCUGGCUUGA